AUGGGCGGUCGGGAAGCCAAACUAAAAAAUGAGCCCAAAGAAAAGCUCGCAGAAGUAGGGGCAAAGGUGGAAGAAGCGGGUGCCCAAGCUAAGGGCAAGGUAUUGGAAGCCGUCGAGGCUGCCAGAAAAUCAUCGUCGUCCAA